AUGAAGUUGAAUAGUAAAUACAUAGGAGAAAAUUACGAGAGACAUUGUCCUAAAGAAAGCCUUGACUGCUUGAUUCCACCACCAGAUGGGUACAAGAAACCAAUCCGAUGGCCACAAAGCAGAGACAAGAUAAUUCCCAGCAUUAGAUUUGGUGUAACAUGUCGUGUUGCCUUGGACAUUGGCUGUGGCGUGGCAAGCUUUUGUGCAUUUCUGAUGCAGCUUAACACUACAUCUCUGUCUGUAGCACCUAAAGAUGUACAUGAGAAUCAGAUACAGUUUGCGUUGUAG